AUGCCGCGCCGCCGCGCCGCCGCGCGGACGCCGACGGUGUCGUCCCGCGCCGUCGUCGCGUCCGCGUCCACCGCGGCGGCGGACGCGAACGCGCCGCUGUUCCCGCACCUCGACCUCGACUUCCGCGCGCGCGUCUCGCCCGCCGAGCUCGCGCGGUGCGUCGCCGCGGCAGCCGUCGUCACCGCCGUGUGCGCGCUCGCGUCGACGCGUCACCCGCUCGCGCGCGCGCUCCUCGCGACGACGCCGCGCGCGGUGCGCGUCGCGUGGGCGCUGGCGACGUUCGUCGUCGCGCUGUUCGUCGCGCGAUGGAUCGCGCUCGAGGCGAAAGAGCAAGCGCGGCUCGUCGCCGCGGAGGACGCCGCGGACGAGGACAGCGCGUUCGCGGCCGUCGACGGCGUCGGCAUCGUGCACUACAAGCUCCGCGCGCCGAACAACGACGCGAAGGACGAGACCGACGCGUCUAAGCGAGACGUCGCGACCGUGGUGUCGUGCGUGCACGGGUUCGGCGCGAACGCGUACAGUUUCGAGCGCGCGACGGCGGCUCCGCUCGCCGACGCGUUGAACGCCGUCGUCGUCGCGCACGACAGCCCCGGGUUCGGGCUCACCGAGCGCCCUCGCGAUCUGCGCGCGUACACGCCGAGGGCGAACGCGAAGGUGUGCCGCGCGAUGCUUCGACUCGCGGAGGCGAAGGCGGAGGACGCGACCGGAUCGAGGACGCCCCUGAGGCGCGUUCAUAUAUUACACUGGUCCCCAUACGACCGCGUUGGCGUUGUGAACGCCGAUCCUUAA